GUUUGAGAUGCGACACUUGCAAAAAUGAAACUGAGGAAGCAACACAUCCUGCUGCUGUGGAUUCUAAUCUGCUCCGGCGUGACCGAGGGAAUAGGGCCCUUUACCGGCUUCAUAAUCCCCCAUGUUACCGGGGACUUGAUCAAAUCUGUGAUGAAGACAUUUUAUGAUCUUAUUCAUGCUCCCUCUGACCUGCUUACCGAGAGUUGUGAUUCACAGUGGAUUUCUUUCAACCAGAAAGGCCUGAAGGAUGACCUGAAAAAAAAACUCUUUGGACAGCACAUUGCUUCAGAAAUCAUCUUUGAAGCUGUGAAUGAAUUCAUGAGCAAUAAAAACCCAAAGAAGCCUCUGGUGCUCUCUCUGCAUGGACCAACAGGCACAGGGAAGAGCUUUGUUAGCCAGCUGAUCGCUGACAACAUUUACAAGAAAGGAAUGGACAGCCAGUUUGUUCACAUGAUCUCAGCUACACAUCACUUCCCACAUCAAGAUCAAAUUGCAACCUAUAAAUCUCAGUUGCAGGACUGGAUCAAAGGCAAUGUCACAAACUGUGAACGCUCCAUGUUCAUUUUUGAUCAGAUGGACAAAAUCCUUCCUGGUGUGAUUGAUGGCAUUGAGCCAUUUCUGGACUUCUAUCCACAGCUGGAUGGAGUUUCUUUUCAGAAAUCAAUCUUCAUCUUUCUCAGCAAUGCAGGAGCAGAUAUCAUCACACAGACAGCUUUAGAUUUCUGGAACAAAGAACGAGAUCGAGAAGAAAUCAAGCUCAAACAUCUUGAAGCAUCACUGUUACAGUCAGUGUUAAGCGAUGACCAAAAUGGCUUUUUGCCCUCAGUUUUGAUUGACAUUUUCAUCCCAUUCAUGCCUAUGGAGUACAUACAUGUGGCCCAGUGUGUGAGGGCUGAGAUGAAAGCCAGAGGUCUUCACACAAGCAGGGCUUUGGAAUACAAGGUGGCCCUGAAAUUAAUCAAUUUCCUCCAACCUGGCAGCAUAUUUAGUAAGAAUGGCUGCAAGACAGUGGGGAGCACUUUGCACUUCUACACAUAACAUCUUCACUGAUCCCACGCUGCCUCAUUUUGGUUAUUUUUUAACAGUGGUCUGACUGUGGGAUUUCUAUUAUUAAAACUGUCACUGUUGUGCAUUUUUGUUUAUGAAUCAUGGCUUUGGUAUCUUGC